AUGAACCAACUACGUCAACAAUUUGACGACGUUUCCUGGAGACCUGCGGCCCAGAGCUUUACAGUGAAGGACAGUUAUAGACUGACUGGAGUCUAUGAGAUCAAAGAUGAAAACGAAGUAAUCUAUAUAGGAGGAAAUCCAUUCUGCAGUAAUGUCAGAGACUGUUUAAACGCACAUUUUAGUGGUAAUGAUGGUCUUGCAAUUGGCUCAUAUCUUACUGGUGAUGCGUCGAAAAACUGGAGUAAAAUAUUCGUUCGUUGGAUGCCCGCCAAGAAUCCUCCAGAGGGCGUGUAUUAUCUUUUGCAAGAACAUAGAAUGCGACAUGGCUGUUACCCAAGAUUUAAUCAAGUACCAAGGCAAACCUGA